CGUUUUAUAGUGAAAAAAAGGGAUACUCAAGACUAAUCAUUAAAAAAAUACAUAAUAUUCCAUGGUUUAAAGAAUAUAAAAAUUUUCAGUCGUUUUCAUUUCUCCAAUCUGUGUUGCUUUUGGAGUGGUACAUACAAUCUUCAGAAAUGAUUCGAAUUAACUAUUUUUUGUGUCAACUGCUAUUGAUUGCGUGUGCGGCGGCAGAUUCGGACUAUACUAUAACUCCGAUAUAUACGAGUGAUAAUCCGAAUGAGCCUGCCAUAUUCAACCACGGCGAGAGCCCUGAGUGGGACGCUGACAGUCAAUCCUUGCUGUUUGUGGACGUUCACGAACAAAAUGUACAUCGCCUGGACUACGCCACAGGGAAUUUAAGCACAAAACAUAUAGAUUACGGCCAAGUGAACGUAGUGGCGCGUGUCUCUGGUUCUAGCCGACUAUUGGUCACUGUGCGCUCUGCUGUGUAUUUGCUUGAUUGGAAUGUUAGUGGCGACUCAGCUUUAAGACUCCUAACUACGGUAGAUCAUGGACUACCCAGCAAUGUCAUAAAUGAAGGCAAACCGGAUCCCUCAGGAAGAUUUUGGGCAGGUACUAAGGGACCACAAGUAGGCGAUGCAGUGCAGGAUAGUAAAGCUACUCUGUACAGUUUCGAUCUAAACCAAGACGGUUUGGUACAGCCGCGUGUUCAAUUACGACCCGUGACAAUUUCAAACGGCAUCACAUGGUCUCUUAACGGAACUAUCAUGUACUACAUUGACUCGGCAACAAAGAAGGUUGAGGCUUUUGAUUUCGAUGCUAAAAUUGGAGCAAUUAGUGGAAGGCGUACGAUUUUCGACGUUGCUGAGCUCAACCUUGGUGAUGCUAUUCCCGAUGGCAUGACAAUCGACAGCAAAGGCAACUUGUGGGUCGCUCUAAUGUUUGGCGGCACUGUGUUGCACAUAGACCCCGACACAAGGCAACUAGUGUGCAGCUACACUUUGCCAGUAUCCCGAAUCACAUCUGUGUGCUGGGGUGGACCCAACUUGGACAUAUUGUUCGUGACCUCUUCGAAUCGUGGCGCGAACGAAACUCUUGCGGGCGCCAUCUUUACCAUAACCAAUACUGGGAGUUCGGGUGUUGCCCCAUACGAAUUUGUUUUUAAUAGUCCCGAUUCUUAUUAAAUACCGCCUUAUUAUUUGAAAAAUAUCGAUGAAACGAAUAUAAUUUUUUAUAUAUUACUUAAUUAUGUGUAGGUACCUACUUUAAUAAAUUUAUAUUUUUGACUUAA